GUGAAACGCGCGCGUCGCGCUGCUGGAAGAGAGAGCCUGGGUUCACGCGCGGGGGGAAGUUCGACGGGGCGCGACGAAAAAGGCCCCCUUCCUCCUCCGUCGCGGUGGUCCGGGGUGGGGGGGAGAACCCUUCGUUCCAUCUGCCGGAUCCAGCUUUCGGUCCUGAUCGGGCCGAACGACGCGUCCAAAAUUUUUUGAAACAGUGGGGGAAUAACCGCUGUUGGAAUUCCGUAAGUGAUUACAGCAGCAUGUUCGGCUUGGGAGCGUGGAUUCUCGCGGUGCGAUCUGGCGUGUCUCUCGGCGACGUCGCGGCUUAGUUUCCCGGCGGAGCGUGUGUGACCGUAGGGGAAAAGAAGGAGGAGGGGGGGGGGGAGGAGGUUCUGCAACUUCUCGGUUGUGCGGAGCUGCUGCGUCUUGUGUUCGUCGCGGAAGACCUUGGUCGGCGAACCUCCGCGCGCCGCGGGCUGGUCCCUGCGCCUCCCACUGCCGGGACAUGAGCCCGGCGCUCGACGGGCCGCCGCGAGCAGCACCCGGGGACAGCCCCGACGCGCCGCAGCCAUGGCCGCCCCGCUGCCGACCUGCCUCAUGGCCGCGCUGACCUGCCUCCUCGCCGCGGCCGCCGCCGACGACUCGUCCGCCUUCCAGAGCCAGCUUCCCGAGGAGGUGGUGUGGGCGGUGAGCGGCCGGGACGCCGAGCUGCCCUGCGACCUGACCCCUGACCCCGGGGACAGCGUCAACAUGGUGCUGUGGUUCAAGGACGCGUCCGGCAUACCGCUCUACAGCGUGGACAACCGGGGCGGCGACCUGCGGCGCGCCAACCACUCGUACAUCUCGAGGGACAUCGGCGCGCGCACUUUCUUCCAGACGGUGGGCGCGCGGCCGGCGCGGCUGCGCGUCAAGAGCGUCGGCCUGGCGGACGAGGGCGUCUUCCGCUGCCGCAUCGACUUCCUCAACUCGCCCACCAGGAACUACCGCGUCAACCUCACCAUCGUCGUGCCUCCUUCAGAGCCUGUCAUAUAUGACCACAAAGACAAGGAAAUAACAGGAGUGGCUGGACCAUUCCUGGAAGGAUACAAUCUUUACCUCGGGUGUAAAGUCACUGGUGGCCGGCCGGCGCCCCAGGUGAGCUGGUGGCUGGGGGACCGCCUGCUCGACUCCGCGGUGGAGUCCGCCGGCGACGGCUGGACCGUCAACCAGCUGUUCCUGCCGAGCGUGGCUCGGGGCUUCCACGGCCGCCGCCUCGAGUGCCGCGCCACCUCGUCUGAGCACCUGGCGCCCCGGGCGCGCUCCGUGCCGCUCGACGUCUACCUGAAGCCGCUAUCCGUGCUGAUAACCACCCCGGGAGACCUGCUGUCGGCGGGCAGGCUGCACUCGGUGCAGUGCGUCUCCUCGGGGUCGUAUCCCUCCGCGAGGCUCACGUGGCUGCUGGACGGCGAGCCAAUCAGGAGCGCCGCGACCACGAUGCUGGAGGGCAGGAACACGACCACCAGUUCGCUGACCUUCCAGCCGGCGUCCGGAGACGACGGCAAGGAGCUGGCCUGCCGCGCCGAGAACCCCCACUUCCCCGGGGGCAUCCUGGAGGACCGCCGGCGACUGCGGGUCGCCUACCCGCCCGUGGCCGAGGUGCGCCUGGAGGAGCGCCGGCAGCUGGGUCCGCUCAAGGAGGGCGACGAGGUGCGCAUGACGUGCGAGGUGCGCGCCAGCCCGCCCGCCGGCGCCGUCGCCUGGUACCACGGGGACCGGCGGCUGAGCUGGGACGAGGCAGCGGGCGUGUUCCCGGCGGGCUCCAGCCUCAGGCUGAGGCCUCUGACCAAGGAGUCGGCGGGCGAGUACUCCUGCGCCGCGCGCAACGAUGAGGCGGAGGUCCGCAGCAACCCGGCGACCGUGCGCGUCCAGUACGCGCCGAGGUGCCGGACCGGGUUCGAGUCCCAGCGCGUGGGCGCCAUGCUGGACGACCCGGUGACGGUGCGCUGCGAGGUGGACGCCGACCCGGCCGACCAGGACCUCAAGUUCAGCUGGACCUACAACCGGUCGCGGGACUUCCUGCACGUGCCCGUCGCCAACGUCAGGAGCUCCGGGCCCGUCAGCCGGCUCGACUACACGCCCGCCGCCGAGGAGGACUUCGGCACGCUGGCGUGCUGGGCCAGCAACAGCGUGGGGCGCCAGAAGGUGCCCUGCCUGGUGCACGUGGUUCCGGCUAGCCUGCCCGAGCCGCCGCGCGACUGCUCGCUGCUCAACGACACGGGAGAGGGCGAGGUCGAGGUCGAGGGCGAGGGAGAGGUGUUCGAGGCCCGGCUGGCCGUGCGCUGCGAGCCCGGCCACGACGGCUACCUCCCUCAGCACUUCCUGCUCGAGGUGACCGAGUCUCCUCAGGACCCUCCUCCUCCUCCUGCCCCACGAGUGGCGGGUCACCGCGAGCAAGGCGACCAGCCGCGAGGCGCGCGCGAGUUCCGCGAGGCGCUGCCGACCUUCUCGCUGCGCCACCUGGAGCCGGGGCGCCGCUACCAGCUCGCCGUGCACGCCGUCAACGCCCUGGGCCGCAGCUACCCGCCCGUACUCAUCAGCGGCGUCAAGGUCGCCGCCGGCACGGAGCGGCUGCUCGGCGUGGACUCGGAGGAGGCGGAGGACGCGGCGAUGAAGCAGCCGAUGAACAUCGCGCUGGCGGCGCUCGCCGCCGUCGCAUUCGUCGUCCUGGGCGGCGUCGUGUUCACGGCGGCCACCGUGAUCUGCCGGAGGCGGCCGGCGCCCUUCCCGCCCCCGGCUCCGCCGCUACCGCAGCCGCCGCCGCCGUCCAAGGCGCCGCUCUUCCACGACGAGCUGCUCAACGUGAUGGUGGCGGUCCCGGUGGCGGUUGCGGCGGCGGCGGAGGCGGCGGGCGGCCGCCCCCAGCCGCGCGUCAGGUUCCAGGACGAGCUCUGCGCCGACGACGAAGGGGGCUUCGAGUUGGCGUCGCGGCCGCCGUCCAGGGUCGACCGGCCUGCCGACUCCGGCGCCGAGACGCGAGGCCACGGACGGGCUCUCAACGAGCCGGACCUGAUUGCAUCACGAGCAGAAGUAUUAGUGCACCCUGCCAGAUGUGCCUCUCCAGUGUGAAGAAGUUCAGUGGCAUUAUCGCGCACCGUAAAGACAAAAAAAAAGAGGUUUGGUGCCUUUUUAGUAUUCUUGCACUUUGUCAUUUUUAUGGGACAGUUACAUAUAACAGGGACGAAGUAGCAAGACGUUUGUUACACUGGCUUCCAUUCUUUGACUAGAAUAAGAAGUUCACGUAAAAUGUGUUUACAGAAUCACAUAUGUUCUGGACCGCUAUGAGUUAACCCCAACUUCUGAGCGUGUCGAACGAACACGGCAUUGCAGUAAAUAAAAAAGAUAAAUUAAUAAAAAAAAAACAUUCUCCCUUUUUUUUUUUUUUUGAGCUCUCAUACCAUCGAAGAGAGAAAUAUUUUACCCAACGUGUUUGGGAGUCACAAAAAUGAAGAGCCAUUCAAAUAAAUUGUAAAUAUUGUGACGUCUACCUCAGAGAACUUAGUGCCAUUACGUAGCUUAGCGUGUGCAAAAUGGACGGUGUUAACAUAGGUUUAUCUUGGAACCAAUUGUUAUCAUAAACGUUUAUGUGAUAUUUUGGAAUAAUUGUAUAUUUUUACUAUAAAUUACUCAGUUUCAACGAAUUUUUGGUAGUUUUUCUCAUUGAACUACUUUUUGUUGGCUCUUUUCCUCGCAGUCAUAGUAAAUAUUUUUAAUGUACUUUUAUGUUACUCUCUAUGAAAAAAAUACUAGCUGUUUGUGGUGACUACCAACUUCAUAAUACUGGAACAUUUACAUCAUCGUAAAAAAUUCAACACACAGGUAAACUUAAAUUCGUAUUUAAGAAAAUUAACACUCACUUCAUGUAUGUUAUUUUGGCUAAACAAAUAUAAACCGUCAGUUGCAAGAAUAUAUGGUGAUACAUUUAUUUUCAGUCAAUAAUACAUUAUAUUGCAAUAGUGAUUAAAGCUUAAAAACCAGUUUAUAUUGUCCAAGCUCUACAACACGCCUACAUGAAGAUAUUUUAAGGUAUUAAUAAGGCUUUUUAAUUUUAAGUUGUGCAAAUAAAUUCCAGUCAAAAUAUUUAUUAAUGUAAAACAGAUUUUCAAAUGUUUUAUAUACUUGUGUACAAAAAAUUUGUAUAUUGGAAAAUUUUCAAGUGCAUUUAAAUUUGUUUAUGUCGAAAAAUUUUUUAUACACAUUUGUAACAAUAAAUUUCUUUCUCAUACAUUCUAAAA